AUGGUUGGUAAGGUCGACGAGGGUGGUAGCACGGUCAUAAUGUUUAGAACGGAUUAUGACGAAGAGUUAGGAAGAAUGUUAGAGUAUGAUAGCAUUUAUAGAGUGAUAGAUAAAGAUCCAACUAAUAGAUUUGAAAAUAAGAUUAAUAGUUUGAUCAAGAACUUCCAGAGUAAUGGAUGGCUGGAUGAACAUCAAGGUAAAAUUUUGAAAACGUUCAACUCGGUGGCGCCAAGGAUUUACGGUCUUCGGAAAGUACAUAAAGAGGGUCUAAAACUUCGUCCGGUGGUCAGCUGCAUAAAAGCUCCAGGCUACAAGAUUGGAGUAUAUUUACAUAGACUCCUAGCACCACUGAUGGACACGUUUGAGUUUAAUGUUAAAAAUUCCAUGGAGUUCGUGGAAUUUGCAAACGGUGUUCAAUUACCAGCUGGUUUUGUGCUCAUUUCCUUGGACGUGGUGUCACUUUUCACUAAUAUUCAACAAAACCUGGUCAUUGAAUUGGUAGAAGAGAACUGGACUGAGAUUUCUGGUGUUUUAAAGUGUGAGAAGAGGUUCUUAUUGGAUUUGAUUGAAUGCAGUUUUGACACGAGUUUUUUUGUCUUUAAGAAAAAAGUCUAUUUGCAAGUGGAUGGUACGAGUAUGGGAUGUCCAUCUAGCUCAGCAUUAGCCAACUUAGUAAUGUCUUACAUCUUGAAACGGAUUUUGAAUAAAUUACCGUUCCCGGUUCCUUUUUUAAAACUGUACGUGGAUGAUACUUUAUUGGCGGUACCGGAAACAGAAGUAGACAGAGUGUUAAGUUUUUUCAAUAAAGAACAACAUAAGAUACAGUUCACAAUGGAGCGUGAGGUGGAAGGGAAGAUAGCGUUCUUGGACGUGUUGGUAUUGAGGUCUGAUGAUGGUUUUUUGAGGACGAGUUGGUUCUCAAAGACUACUAAUUCUGGAAGAUUAUUAAAUUUUCUGUCAAAUCAUCAUACGUUGCAGAAAAUCUCAGUGGCAAUGGGUCUAAUAAAUAGGGCGGUUAAUCUAAGUCAUCCAGAAUUUCGACAAAUCAACGUCAAAAAGGCUAAGAAUAUCUUAAAUAACAACAACUAUCCACCAUCAUUCGUGAAGGUCUGUCUGGAAAGAUUAAACAGAAGACAGAGAAGCAACAUUGGACAUGCAAGAAAGGAUUCAUCAAGAAGGUUCUAUUACUUCCGCUUUCCAUUCAUCAGAGGUCUGUCUAUUAAUAUUAGCAGGUGUUUCUAUGGAACUGAGUGGCCUGCGUAUUGUAACCUCAGAGUUAUUGGUUCUCUGUAUACAAAAUUAAAAGAUCGAGUGGAUGUAUUGCAACGCUCAGAAUUGGUUUACAGGGUUCCAUGUUGUUGCCAAAAAACUUACGUUGGGCAGACAAAACAAUGGCUAGGGAAAAGACUAAAACAACAUGAAUAUGACUGCAGAGCAGUGAACAUCUUGAAGAUUAAUAAAAUAGCUCUGGCUCAGCAUCAUUUCGACACAGGUCACAUUUUUGAUUUUGGGAAGGUCAAGAUCUUGGAUAUGGAGUGUUGUGGUAAAAAAACGGAACUUGAGUGA